AUGGACAUCCUGAGCGCGUUCCCUCGUGCGCUUUUCUCAGAGAAUGAACUUGAGGCCGCGAAAUGGUUCGCUGAACGGCAUGGAGCCACUGGGCUUCCGAACGUCGGGCAAGUUAAACAUCAGCGGGAACGGAUCCUGAAUACAGCGGGGCUUGAUGUCCGAACCCACGAAGGAGGCUUGGGUGAUCGGUAUAGUGCUUGCACGAUUGAGCGGAUAAUUGCAGACGAGUUCCGCAAUCCCUUGGUUCGCCCCUUUGUAUUUACAUAUGCUGAAGACACCCGAGAUACGUUGUCUGAAGCACGCCAAGCUGCGAAAUGGCUAUGGGAAGUGGACCCGAAUGCGAGUGGCCCUAUGGCGCGAUCCGAGCAGGGGAAGGACUACUUCGUCAAUGAGAUUUCAAUGGCGAACCUGGACAGCUUUGGCCGAAUCGGACCUGUCAUGAUUCGACGGUGGUUCAUGCGCAAGGAGGAGCUGUUUGCACGGGUCAACCCACUGCUGAUCGACAUGGAUGAACGCACGGCUGCAGCAUUCGAUCUACCUCUUGGCGCAUUUUUUUUGAACGCCAUCGACCUGCAGAACACGACUGUCCAACGUCAGUAUGGCUUGCCGUCGACAGCAAACAUUGCAGGGGUCAUAUACAACGAGGAUCCUUAUGCGCCGUUGAACGGUUGGCCAUCCCCGCAAAUUAACCCGUGGCGAGAAAGAGCAAGGGGGAAGCGUGUGUUAUCGCUACCACUGUGGCUAUACUGCGAUGACACAUCCGGGAACACGUCAAAGAAAUGGAAUAAGCACAAUUCGAUUCUGCUUACCCUUGCUGGCCUCCCCCGGAAACUCGCCCAGCUGCUGUACAACAUCCACUUCGUCUCGACAUCCAACAUCGCAUCACCAUUAGAGAUGAUGGAGUAUCUCGUGCAGACGUUACGUGAGACACGCCAUAAUGGCAUCGAGGUGUGGGAUUGCUUGUUCGGCGAGGACGUACUAGUCGUGCCAUGGGUUCUUGCCUUUCUGGGUGACAACCCAAUGUCGAGCGAGUUCGCGUCCCAUAUCGGGAUGAGCGGGCGGUGUUAUUGCCGGAUCUGCAGGACACAUAACGCCCAAGAUAACCCACGAGAAUGUUUAGAUGCCUUCAUGAAGCCAGGCGAGCCACGCACCGCUACAGAUACACGACGGGACCUUGAAGAGCAGUUGAACAAAGCUCUCGGAGGAGCUCCGAGCAGCGUGGAUGGUCUCGCAACUUUGUCGGGUACCAAGGAUAAUCUACAAAAGGCGGCGAAGGAUGUCCGGGAGGGAAUGAAGGAUGUGGUGAGGGAGGCCCUGCAAACGCUUCGUCGUGCGAUGCCCGACAACCUGUUCAAUCCCACAUUACUUGAUGUGGAACUCAAUGCAACACACGUCAUUGACACUCACAUGUCCCCAGACUUUGAUCCGAACCAAGACUCGCCUUUUGAGGCGCUUCACGUUGUCUUGCUCGGGGUUGUCAAGUAUUUCUGGCGAGACGCCGUUGCCCGCCAGACGGCAGAUGGCAAGGAAAUCCUCAAGGCGCGCCUCACGAGCGUCGAUGUUUCAGGCCUUGACAUCAGUCCGCUACGUGCGCAGACCCUUGUUCAGUACGCCGGGUCGCUUGUGGGGCGUGAUUUCCGUGCCAUACUCCAGGUGGCGCCUACAGUCCUGUACGGACUAAUCCCGAGUGAAGCAUACGAGGCGUGGACAGCCCUCUGUCGUUUGGCACCAUUGAUCUUCCAGCCGCAAAUCGAGAACACACCAGAUUACUUUCGCCGCCUCGAACAUAGCGUGUAUGACUUCCUUGCGGCGACAGCCCUCUGGACGACUCAAGGCUUCGAGUCGUACAAUUUUGUCAUUCGCCUACGCAGUGUGCAUUCAAAUCGACAUGCACCGAGCAAGGACAUUGCGCAGGCAUUCAGCUUCUUGCACGCUGUACGUCAUCUCGUCAGUGGAGCCUCACUGGAUAAGCCACGCCAGGCCGGCGACGGUGUUCUGUCACUACUGCAAGAUGAUGUUCUUGUGCGGCUGCUAGGGAUGGAAGGUCUACGCAAAGCAUUGUCAUAUACUGCGAAUGUGAUCUCUUGCAAGUCUGUCCUUCUGGCGAGUGGGGAUCGAGUCAAAGUGCACGAUUUUGUGCUCUGGCGGCCCGACUCGGACGCGCACCAUAUGCACCCGAGGCUCGCACAGGUUAACGAAAUCCUUGUCGUUUUGGAUACACAUGCUGUCCUCGGUAUAUUGUCAACCCCUUGCAAGAUUGGCGAAGCGGUCAUGCCUUACCGUGUGCCGUCGGUCAAGCGGCUGACAGGAGAGCCACCAAUUCCUACAUCACCAAUGAUAGUACUAACAUCGAAUCAGGACAUCCUGUGUACGGCUAAUGUCGUGCACAAUUGCGCAAAGCAUCAGUGUGCCGUGACCCGGACGAAAGUGAUCUACCAGGAACGACAUCAGACCGAGUUCAAGGACAAUGAAAUACAUCACCUAUCGGAUCAAGACAAUCUUGUGUUGAACCUCGCUCAGCUACGUGAUGCUGCCGUCUUGCAAUUGUUGCAGCCAGACGUCCGGUAUCCGGGUAUUGAACACGCGCUACUUCUGGACGAGGCGGUGAAGCCGGCUCAGAGCCCCGGCAUCUCGUAUACAAUAGGCAUGCAUGGCAACAUCCCUCAGCCAUUGCCUAUGAACAUAGAUGUCGCAGAGCUCGCCGGGCCCGAAAGACACGCACGUACCACUGCCUGGGAGUCGCAUUAUCACGACCCAUCCCGGACUCACACCGACACUCCCUCACGCUCAUUCGUGACAACUCCCCAUCCUCCUGACAGCCGUAGUCAGUUGUCGCAUGCACCAUUUGGAUGGACCCUGCAGGCGCAGGGUGACCGCCGGUGA